CCGUACAAGACAUAAGGAAUAAUGUAAUCCUCUGCUAAGGUUGCUCCUCUUCUGUCUCAUUCUCAUGUGUUGUGUGUGGCUGUGUGUGGCCAAGUUGUGGCAGAGACCGUGUUGUGGUUAUCAUGGUUAUACCAUGGUGGUUAUGAAAAAUAUGUUCAAGAAUUGAGUCAAUUAUGGUGAAAUUUGGAAGUGCUGCGACGGCUUUUAAAAGUCUCAAUGGAUUAAUUUGUGUGUACAAGCCGCCGUGCGUCUCUGUGCGACAGGUUCAACACACGAUUAUAACCAAUAUUUGCAGAGAUCUGAAUGUGUUACCCGAUCGGCCUCAGGAGCAUAGAGUGGAGAUUGUUGGCUCCACCAAUGCCCCUAUGAGGGUGAAACUUGUGCCCAAUCUGGCCGACGACCCCCUCGUGUGCGGCCCGCGGUAUUUGAACGAGGACUUCCGCUGUAGCUGGUGUAUACAUCUGGGACUGUUUAGCAGUGGGGUCUUAUUGCUCGGCAUUAAUGAUGGUGCAAAACUAACACGUCUUAUCAACAUGGGCCGACCAACGCGAGCAUUCAAAGUACAUGGGCAGUUAGGCAAAGCUACGGACACAUACUUCUGGAAUGGCAAGACGGUAGAGAGAUCUACAUAUGGACAUGUCACUAGGGAGAAAAUUGAUGGAAUCGUUGCUCACAUGCAGGCAGCUCACCAGAAAAAGAUGUUUGAGUUAUCAGGCAUACAUAUAGAGUCACAAACAGCAUAUGAAUUGGCAAGUCAAGGGCUCAUUCGACCUGCAAGCAGUAAACUACCAAUAUUAUAUGGCAUCAAAUGUGUUUAUUUUGAACCUCCUAAUUUUACACUGGAAAUACAAUGUGUAAAUGAAUACGAUAAGUACUUGUGGACCCUGAUACAUGACCUGGGUGUGCAGUUGAGGACUUCAGCUCAUUGCACCGGUGUGCAGUGCAUCCGGCAAGGCAAGUUCAACCUGCAACUAGCUUUGUUACGGAAACAUUGGCAGUUGGAGCACAUAGCAGACAAUAUGAACAAGUGUCAACAAAUACUUGAUGAACAUAAAGAGAUACUAGAACCAACAUCUGCACUUCUCACCAAUUAGUUUAGACAGGACACCAAAGUUGUAAAUAUUCGUAUUUAGGAAUUAAAUAACAUUAUAAAG